UCUCGUCAAUAUCACAACAACAAACAACAACAAAACGUUUUGAUCAAAAGAGAAACACUGUUAAACCCUCACAAAACUUCAUCCAAAACACGAUCGAUCUCCGACAUGAUUAGUCUCUGAAAGAGGUUGAUGAUAUUGGGUUACUUCAUCAUGGGAGGAGCUUGUUCAAGGAAGAGAGAUCAACAACAUGUUGAGGAUAUUUUAAACAGAGGCGUCUCUGGAAAGUAUAACAAGAGUUCAAGUUCUAAAUGGUUAGCUACUUCCCUCUCUAGGUCUGCCUCCUUGGGUGUUAAACGGAGUAAUGGAGAGUGCCCUUCGCUUUUAGAGCUCUGUAUCCGCAAGAUACAAGAGGACGUGGAUAGAUACACCACAUUCUCAGACCUACCAAGAGAUAUAAGUCAGCAGAUUUUUGAUGAGUUGGUGUGUUCCCAACAGUUAACUUUAAAGUCUCUUGAGGCAUUUCGUGACUGUGCAAUUCAGGAUCUUAACUUGGGAGAGUACCCUGGAGUUAGUGAUGAAUGGAUGGAUGUCAUCUCCUCGCAAAGUACAUCACUGCUUUCUGUUGAUUUCUCGGGUUCUGAUAUCACAGACUCUGGUCUGGUUUCUUUAAAAGGUUGCAAGAACUUGGAAUCUUUAAACUUUAAUUUCUGUGACCAGAUAUCAAACCGCGGUCUGGAGCAUCUUAGCGGACUCUCAAACUUGACAAGUCUAAGCUUUAGAAGAAAUGCUGCAAUCACUGCACAAGGGAUGCGUGCCUUUUCCAACUUGGUUAACAUGAAGAAACUAGAUCUUGAGAAGUGUCCUGGGAUUCACGGUGGGCUUGUUCACCUGCGAGGUUUAACAAAAUUAGAGUCUUUGAACAUAAAGUGGUGUAACUGCAUAACGGAUGCAGACAUGGAGCCUAUCUCAAAGCUUACAAAUCUGAGGAGCUUACAGAUUUGCUGUAGUAGGAUUACCGAUUUUGGUAUCAGCUACCUUAAAGGACUAAACAAGCUUAAUUUAUUGAACUUGGAAGGGUGCCGUCAUGUUACCGCUGCAUGCCUGGAGACGCUCACAGCUCUUAAAGAGUUGAUGUUCUUGAACCUCAAUAGAUGCAAUCUUUCAGACAGUGGAUGUGAAAAGUUUUCUGAUUUAAUUAAUUUGAAGAUUUUGAACUUGGGAAUGAACAACAUUACAAACUCAUGCUUGGUCCACCUGAGAGGUUUGACAAAGUUGGAGAGCUUGAACUUGGAUUCUUGUAGAAUUGGUGAUGAAGGAUUGGUACAUUUAUCAGGUAUGCUUGGGCUGAAAUCGCUGGAACUAUCCGAUACUGAAGUAGGAAGCCAUGGGCUUCGCCAUCUCUCUGGUCUCUUGAACCUGGAGAGCAUAAACCUGUCGUUCACUGUUGUCACCGAUAGCGGGUUAAGGAAACUAUCUGGUUUGACAUCUCUUCGAACACUGAAUCUGGAUGCCCGUCAUGUCACUGAUGCUGGGCUCUCUGCGCUCACGAGUUUGACUGGAUUGACUCACCUUGAUCUCUUCGGUGCUCGUAUCACAGACUCUGGAACAAAUCAUCUACGAAACCUGAAGAAACUACAGUCACUUGAGAUAUGUGGCGGUGGAUUAACUGAUGCUGGUGUCAAGAACAUAAAAGAUCUUUCAUCCCUCACACUCCUCAAUCUAUCACAAAACUCGAACCUCACAGACAAAACACUCGAGUUGAUUUCCGGGUUGACCGGAUUGGUCUCUCUAAACGUCUCAAACUCUCGAGUAUCAAACUCAGGACUACGCCACCUGAAGCCAUUGAAGAGCCUGAGAUCUCUGACCUUGGAGUCCUGCAAGGUCUCUGCUAACGACAUCAGGAAGCUUCAGGCAACCGAUCUGCCAAACCUAGUCACCUUCCGUCCUGAAUGAAAUAAUUUGUCAAAUGACAAAUUCAGAAUCUCUGUAAAUAGAUCGAUCUCUUAUGGUUUCAGACAAAGUCACCUGUCUUCUUUGUAUAUAUAUGGAGUCCAAAACAAAUGCUCUUCUUCGAAUUAAUUACAGAAGAAACUGUAAAUAAAGCUUUCACAAGCUAUGGUUUGGACAAAAGAGUCUUUGUUGCUCUUCUAUGUUGUCAGCUUUUGUAAAUCUAUGUAAGAUUCUUAUGUAAAAAUUUAUUGUUUCUGGCACUUAAGUAAAUCUUCUAAAGGUCAAAUUUCAGAUAAGGAAAAGAGAGAAACAACACUACCACUAAAUUACUGUAAAAUGAUAUGUUACAUCUAAAAACAUGUCAGAAUACUUGGGUCACAAGUCUUUCAACCAAAAAAAACAAAAGAGAAAGACUUAAAAAGGGAAGACAGAAUAGGAGAGAUCAGAUCAUCUCUGUGGCUGAUCAGAGGCAGAGGCUCCAGCAGCUGGUGCAGCUGCUGCGUUGCUCGCUGAUCCGUUCUC